UCCGACCUCAGCAUCCUUCCGCCUGCCGUUUCACCGCAUUACCAUCAUCAAAAACUGGGGCCAAACUAAUCCCACCACACACCUCCUGGCUGUCGGUUUUGCUGGCGACGUGCACGAUGCCCAGUGUCACGGUGAAAGACGUCAACCAGCAGGAGUUUGUCAGAGCCUUGUCGGCUUUCCUCAAGAAGUCUGGCAAGCUGAAAGUGCCAGAAUGGGUGGACACUGUGAAGUUGGCCAAGCACAAGGAGCUGGCCCCCUGCGAUGACAACUGGUUUUACACCAGAGUAGCAUCCACGGCCCGUCACCUGUACCUGCGAGGAGGAGUGGGCGUGGGCUCCAUGAUCAAGAUCUACGGAGGGCGUCAGAGGAACGGCGUGUGCCCCGCCCACUUCAGCGUGGGAUCCAGGAACGUGGCACGCAAGGUUCUCCAGGCUCUGGAGGGUCUCAAGAUGGUGGAGAAGGAUCCCAAUGGUGGGCGAAGACUUACCCCUCAGGGGCAAAGGGAUCUGGACAGGAUUGCUGGUCAGGUUGCUUCAGCAAACAAAAAACAGUGAAGUUUACAAGACGCCAUCUGAGGAAUGUGUGCAGAUAACCCAGUCAAGUGAAGUGCUGUUAGGCCUUUACUGCUCAUGCACUCCAGUUUGCCAGGCUCUGAUAUCACCACUCCCAGCCCCACCAGGCACUCCACAGAGAUUCAAGUCAACACUGAGUAUAAAUUCAGUAUCACUACAUAAUGUGUAGAUGUUUCGCCACAUUAUUAGGUUUGCUCUUUGUCUGAAAUUCAUUAUGACAGCAGUCGCCUUGCAACAACAACACACAAUUAUAACCUAGGCACACACACACACAAAAUACAGGUUACUAUCCAUGAGCAAGUUGCUGAGAUUAUUUUCUCAGCAAUUCUAGAAGUAAUAUAAAAAGGGAAAUGGAGGAGAAAAAUACAUUUUGCAUGAUAAAAUAUGCCAUUUUAUUCAUUUUAUUGUUCAGUAUCUUCCCUGAAAUCUUGGUCCACAUGUUAUUACAAACAAAUGUGUGUAUGAAUGCUACACAGUAAUAUAUUAGGAGUCCCAAAUCCAAAUAAAACAGUUGUGUGAUGUACAA